GCUCUGAUUUUCAGAACAUUCACAUAAGAUGAAAGGACACUGAAUGUCAACGUGCAUUUUGUCCACCAUGAUAAUUCUGUAUUCAUAAUAAAACUUACAUGUUAUAGUUGCUGUCAAAUUAAACUUAAAUAGUGUGACAGUUUGUCAGCAAACUUCCAAAAUGGAAAAUACCAAGAAACAGUGUGAACAUGAAUAUGAUACGCCAGUAUGUGUGAAAUGUAUUUUGUCCAGCAAUUGGAGAGAUUCCCAGCUAGAACUUUUGUCGGACAUUUGUGAUUCACUUGGUGGCACAAAGAAAGAAAAAAUACGUGCAGAUCUGCUGGAUUUAGAAGAAAACAUUGGACCCGAGUAUGACUCAAAUCUCGGUGAAGUUGAAGCUUUGCUAUCAAAAGUCAUCAAACAACACAAAGAUAGAAAAAAUGUUAUCUUAGAAUUAGGGGACGAAUUACAUAAGGUUGUCGACCUUGUCAUCAACAAAUAUCUGUCCGAAGCGGGAAAGAUGGAAAAGGAAGAUGUAGAUUUUGUCCAGUCUAUAAAAUCGAAAUUCAAGUUGUCAACAUCAGAAAUAAAAGCAGCAAUAAAAGAGUGUCGUGAAUUUCUAGCGACAGAUAACAACAAAAAAUUGGCAAAGUAUAAAUCGAAGAAUAGCAAAUUCAAGAAUAUGCCCACCAGAUAUGAGCUGUCGGUGAGUAGGUUUCAACCACACCACCUUACCGAAGAGAAAUUGUGUCAGAUAGUUGGAUCUCUACAAUCGUCUAUCAGGAAGGAAAUAAAAGCUCCGGAAAACAAUAUUUCUGAUGCUCAACCCAGCUUAAUUCCCAGCACAAACGUCCAUAGUCCAGCUGAAACAAUGCCAGAAGUCAGCAGCGAAAGAGGCGAGCAAAGGAAAUCAAAGGCUGAUAGGCUAUCAGAGCUUAAUGACUUAAUGGAUUCCAUUUCCCAGGCCACAAAAGACAUGGCUCCGCUGGACACAAGCCCAAAGGUCACUAAAAAGCUUUCUAUUCCUAAAGAAUUCAACUCGAAAAUCCCAACCAGUCAAAGGGGCCAUAAGGACAUUCGUUCAAAAACUGCAAUGGAGGUAGAGUGCCCUUUGGAAUCCAAAACAAAGCCCACAAUGAAUUUGAAUGGUCACAUCGAAUCACGUUUAGAGUCUCCAAAUCGGUCUAGCACUCCUUUGGUCUCCAGCGUUCAAGCAGUUACAGAACAUAACGGCCAUAUGGAAGCCAAAUCAGAUCACAAAUCUAAAUCAGAGAUAACUGUUUCUAUUGAAAAGAGUCUAGAAAUAGAUAUUCCUGCCGCAUCGACUUUAAAACCAUCUAAACACCCAAAUAGUGAGACGGAUCCAAAAAUCCAAAUGGAGCAACGAAGCACUGGAGAAUAUUCAAAGGUUACAACAGAGCUUAAUGUUCCUUUGAAUUUCCAAUCAAAAGCGACUGCAGAACUCGCCAAAGAGAGCCCUGUGAAUUUACACUUGACAGAAAAGUCAAACGAUAUGACAAGUUUGAGUCCAAGUGGCAAAAAAGAGGUCAAAACGCCAGUAGAAUCAAGUUCAGAUGUAAAAUCAGAACUCAUAAGUUUUGAAGAAUCUUCAUCAAAUGCUACAAAAAUGGCGAAUACCCCAUUGGAAAUAGAAUCAAAACCAAGGGAUGUGCCUGACGACUCUCUUGAAGCCAGUAGCAAAUUUGCAAAUGUACCUAAGGUUACAGAUAUCUUUGAAACAGGAUAUACUUACACUUAUAAGAUUGCUUGUGCCAGGAGUACAAAUCAAAUUUUCAUCUGUGGAAAUAACAAAGUCAUAAAACAGAUGAACUCUGCGGGGAAAUUUGUAGAGAAAACAUCCACUGAUACUGGAAAUCAACCCUUUGACCUGACACUAACAAGAGACGCCCAACUUAUCUUCAGUGACCACAACGGAAAAUGCAUCAACCUAGUGAAGAAUAACGGUAGAAUAGAGAGCUUGGUCAAACUGCAAAAAUGGUUUCCAAUGGCCAUUUGCAGCACUUCCGUUGAUGACCUGCUGGUUACCAUGGAAUCGCAGGAUCUUGCCACAUGCAAAGUAGUUCGAUAUAGUGGAUCCACGGUCAAACAAGAAAUUCAGUACGACGUAAGAGGCGAGCAGUUGUACUGCAGAGCUGAUUUCAUCGAUGAAAACAAGAAUCUUGAUGUUGUCGUAUCUGACCUUGGGGCCAGACGUAUCGUGGUGGUUGACAAGUAUGGUAUAUUUAGGUUCAAUUACACCGGGAAUCUCCAGUCAGAGAGGUACAAAAGCUUUGGCUGCUCGGGCGUAACCACAGACACCAAAAGCAACAUCAUUGUUGCAGAUGAAUAUAACGAUGUGUUGCAUGUUAUUGAUCAGAAUGGACAGUUUCUCAUGUACAUAGAUAACUGUAAAUUACAGCGACCAGGGGAUCUCUGUACCGAUAGUGAUGAUGUACUAUACGUUACAGAACCUGUUGCCAACAAAGUGAAGAAAAUCAAAUUUUACAACUAAAUGUGUGCAGAACAACAUGUACAUUAGCCAGAAUAUUGUGAAGUCAGAAUUAACAUUUUGUAAGAAAGUUCAUGACGUUCGUGGAAGUGAACAUUGUUAGAGGAGAAACUUGACAAGCGACAAUUACGAAUUAAGUAGAAUGUUAAUGAAUCUAAAAAGAA